AUGGAACGUGACCCCUUAAUUGCACGAGAGUCAGAAAUCCAAGCGCAUCGGCAUGGGAGCGGAGGUGUUGAUGGUGAUGGAGGCAAAUCGGUACUAUCAUCCAAGGCCAACUCGAUCUCUGGAGACGAGAACUCGCCACUAUUAGGAGCUGGUGAAAGAGAUGGGGGAGCAGAUAUCGACGAUUUUGCGGGUCUGCCAUGGCACCGAAAGCCAUCAAUUUUCUGGUUGUUGCCGCCGUUCUGUUUAUUCACGAUAGCUUUUGGAGGCGUCGCCGUACCACGGUUGAACAUCAUCCUAGCUCUUAUAUGCAGGGAAUUUUUCGCAGAGAAACAAUAUCUGCCUGGGGGCAUGACGCCGGUUAUGCCUAUUCUCAUCGGCGCCCCAAAUGAGCAAUGUCGAAAUCCGGAGGUGGCAGCUCUCGUAUCGAAAUUCACACUUUAUAUGAGUCUUAUUAGUGGAAUAAUAGGUGCGUUUACAUCACCACGCAUAGGAUCGUUAUCAGAUCGCUAUGGACGUCGGACCUUCAUGGCAUGUUCGUCCUUCGGGCUGCUGGCCAGCGAAAUUACGACCAUUCUCGCUGCAAAGUUUCCAGAAACUUUUAGUGUCAAUAUCCUUCUCCUUGGCUCAACGGUCGAUGGCAUCUGCGGGAGCUUCUUAUUAGGUAUGGCGCUUUCAUACUCGUAUGGAGCUGAUUGCACGUCUCCCGCAAAACGUGCUACGGCAUUCGGCUAUUUUCAGGGCUGUCUUUUUUUGGGUAUCGCAGUCGGGCCAGCAAUGGGAGGGUGGCUGAUCGAGGUUACUGGAGACGUUCUUUCCAUCUUCUACGCCGCCCUGGGGGCACAUGUGUUUUUCAUUCUCUACCUAUUCUGCAUCCUCCCGGAGUCGUUGUCAGAUCGUCGUAAGAAGAUCGCCCAAGAAAAGCAUGCACAAGAAGUCCAGAGAUAUGGCGGUACACUGAAAUCAUGGGUACACACCAUGAACCCCAUCAACUUUGUUAGGCCUCUUUCUGUCCUCUUCCCUACCGGUCCUGGCUCUAGUCCUCGACUUAGGCUCAACCUCAUGCUACUUGCUGCCACAGACACCAUUCUUUUUGGCGUCGGUAUUGGUGGCAUGACCGUCAUCAUCUUGUUUGCGGAGCUGAAAUUUGAGUGGGGAAACUAUGAGUCGUCAAUAUACCUAUCAAUCGUCAACGUAGCCCGCGUAACUAUGCUAUUCGUGAUCCUCCCCGUAGUAGUUCAUUACGUCCGCCGUAACCUUCAUCCCUCCUCCCACCAAAAAGGUGCCGAUAAACUCGAUAUUCUCCUUAUCCGUUUUAGCAUCAUCAUUGAGACAGCAGGCUAUCUAUUCUACGCCGUCGCGGCCACACCCAAUGCCUUUACCGCAGCAGGUGUUUGCACUGCUUUGGGCGGGAUCGGCUCCCCCACCCUCCAGUCAUCACUCACUAAGCAUGUCCCUGAUGAGAAGACUGGCCAACUGUUAGGGGCGACAGCCUUACUUCAUUCAUUAGCGAGAGUUGUGGCCCCAACGGUCUUUAAUCUCGUGUAUGCAUACACGGUUGCAACUUUCCCGCAGACGGUUUUUGUGUGCCUUGGGUCGACAUUUGCAUUUGCAUUCGCUUGUUCCUGGUUUUUAAGGGAGGGCGUGUAUUGGGGCGAUGGCAAGGGAGGCGCGAAUGGUGACGAAGAAGAGGCUGAUACUAACUAG